AACAUCUCGACUUGUUUGAGCGGGAGCGAACUUGAACGUUGUCCUCUCUUAUCUGUGCUGAUUAUAAUCCCUGCUUCAAAUGAAAAAAAACUGCCAUUUGAGCUCUGACAAUGAAGCCAGGUGCGAGCAGCCUGCGAGUGAGGCUGCCCGUGUUUGUUUUUGCAGUGGAGUUGGUGAUUUUGGGUCUGUUUGCCACUUUUGUCACAUAUGACAACCACGGCGAUGCCAGAUUUCAAACCAACGAGACUAAGGCCAUGGACAAUGCAGUAUACAAGGAUUAUCCUUUUUUUGCCGACAUUCAGGUGAUGAUAUUCCUCGGCUUUGGAUGCCUCCUGGCAUUUUUCCGACUCUAUGGAUUCGGAGGGAUGGUUUUCAACUUCCUUGUAGCUACCUUUUCCAUCCAAUGGGCCAUUCUAGUGCAGGGGUACUUCCAGUUCAGCCAUCAAGGUAAGAUCCAACUUGGUGUGAUCAACCUCAUCAAUGCAGAGUUUGCCUGCGCCGUGGUGCUCAUCUCUUUCGGGGCAGUAUUGGGCAAGACAAGUCCGCUGCAGCUGCUGGUCAUGGCUCUCCUGGAGGUGCCGGUAUUUGCAGUCACUGAAUGGGCAGUGCUGAAGUACCUGAAGAUAAACGACGCUGGAGGCUCCAUCCUGAUUCACCUCUUUGCCUGUUAUUUUGGAUUGGCAGUCACCUUUGUGCUGUACAGACCUCGUCUCAAUGAAGGUCACGCCAAGGAGAACACCAGCUAUCAGUCGGACAUCCUGUGCAUGAUGGGAACCUUGUUCCUCUGGGUCUUCUGGCCCUCCUUCAACUCGGCAUUAACCCUGAAAGGCGAUGACCAGCACAGGGCCAUCCUCCACACCUUCAUUGGCCUCUGUGCCUCCACCCUCACGGCAUUUGCUCUAUCAGCACUACUCAACAAAAAUGGAAAACUCAGCAUGGCGGACAUCCAGAAUGUGACCCUGGCUGGAGGCGUGACGGUCGGGGCAUCCGUAGAUAUGAUGAUUUCGCCUGCGGCAGCAUAUGCCCUCGGGAUGGUAGGCUGCAUCGCAUGCAUGCUAGGCUAUAAGUACCUGAGCCCUGUCUUGGCACAACGCUUCCGAAUCCAGGAUCAAUGUGGAAUACAUAAUUUGCACGGGCUAACAGGACUCAUUUCCUCCGCUGCUGGGAUUUAUGCAAUAAUGGUGGCGAAAGAGGAAGUCUACGGUCCUAGUAUGUAUGACACCUUUAGGCACAGAGCCCCAAAAGAAGGGGAUCCCAAGUUGCUUGAACUGCAGGCAUUAAUUCCUGGACUGCAGCCAGGUUUGGGGCGGAGUGCCCGAGAACAGGCUCUCUUCCAGGUGGCUGCCAUCUUCUCCACCAUAGCAGCGGCCGCCAUCGGAGGAGUGCUCACAGGCAUAGUCUUGAAAAUCCCUUACCUCUCCUCACCUUCAGAUGAUUUAUGUUUUGAUGACAAACUAUAUUUUGUUGUGCCCCAGGAUAGUUACUCACCUCUGAAACUCAACAAAGACACACAUAAAGAGGAAACUGUUGCCUAGCACAUCGUUCUCUCCUUAUGGAAAUAAUGAAAAUUAAAUUGUCUUUUAAAAGUGCUUCGCAAUAAUAUUUUGUGAUGAAAUGAUAUGUAUAAUUUACAAUAAUUGUAUUUAUUGCCCCAGUAAAUCGAAUGUUUUAAAAAAUUUAGAUAUGUAUGAUCAUGAAUAUUGUGUUUGGCAUAGAGACACGUCACACAUUUGUGUCAUUAACAAAGUAAAGAUAUUACAAUGUGUCUAACUGUAAAUGACUGAAUGGAACAAAUGUUUGUCAUGUAAUGUUUCUGUUAUGACUCAAAGAUAUCUACUGUAAAGGUAUGAUGCCCUGAUUAUCUUAUAAGAUUCAUACAAUUCACCCAAGCGUUUAAAGUAUUAUUUUUUCAGGAAAUCGGGGGUCACAGAAAUCGUGGCUGUACAUAUGACGGGUUUAAGACGGGCAAAUGAUUGACGCACUUGCUUCCUCUCUACUUCUUUGUUGUGUCUAGUUAAAUACAAGUUCUUUGUUAUCUCUG